AGUAAGCGCGUGGUCACACUACUCUUAAACCCUCGAAAACGAAAUGAAGUGCAGUUGAUAAACCGCGCGGCGCACGCGCAGACGGCUCUGUAAUUCAAUAAUGGCGCGAACCCCAAUUACGAUAGUCGUCUUCUCGGCGACAAUUUUGGCCGCAAAUCUAGUAUCAGGAAUUCCUGGAGAUGCAGCGGUGCCGAAAUCAAAGAAGGUACUGGAUACCAUCAUGACUCCAAACUACAUACCGGUGGAAGAAAAACAUGGAUCAUACUGGAAAAACUCCGCUGCUCAGACCAUAAAAGCUAAAUUAGCAGAGAAACCCAACACGAAUAAAGCCAAAAAUGGAAUCCUGUUCAUCGGUGAUGGAAUGUCCUUGGCUACUAUCAUGGCCGCUAGAACAUUCUCUGGACAACUGGACCAGGGUCUGGGUGAAGAGUCUGUGCUGAACUUCGAGACUUUUCCAGUCAGCGGAUUGGCAAGGACUUAUUGCUUAGACGCGCAAGUGCCAGAUUCAGCGUGCACCGCCACCUCCUACCUGACGGGCGUGAAAACCAAAUACGGAGUCAUUGGUCUUGAUGGCAAUGUGACUAGAGGCUCCUGUUAUUCCCAACUUCAUGAGCCAAACUGGUCUGAAUCUAUUGGCCAAUGGGCUUUGGAGCAAGGAUUGGAUGUAGGCUUAGUGACGACAACGCGGGUAACUCACGCUUCACCAGCGGGCAUGUAUGCUCAUACCUCGGAGAGGAACUGGGAAUCUGACGCGGACGUACCAGAUGAAUGCUUGGCAGCUGGCUGCAGGGACAUAGCGUAUCAACUUGUUACCAGCAGCCCUGGAAGACAUUUCAAGGUUAUCAUGGGUGGUGGUCGCAGGGAAUUCCUUCCAAACACGACGAACAUUUUGGGCAGCAAAGGGAGGAGGCUGGAUGGCGUCGACCUCACGGACCUCUGGCAUGUCGACAAACUCAAUAUGAAUGCCUCACAUCAGUUCGUCACCGACAGAUUGGAGCUUUUAAAGGUUUUCAAUUCUGACGACUUGCCGGAGUACUUGUUGGGGCUGUUCAGGGAUGAUCACAUGGAGUACCACUUGAAAGCCCAGAACCAGCCAUCUCUCGAAGAAAUGGUGGAAGUGGCCAUCAAGAUGCUCAGUAGGAGUUCUAAGGGAUACUUCUUAUUUGUUGAAGGUGGAAGAAUCGACCAUGCGCACCACGACAGCUUAGCUCAUUUAGCACUGGACGAAACGGUGGAAUACUCGAAAGCUGUGAAGAAAGCGAGAUCCCUGACCAGUGAGGAAGACACCCUGAUAGUCGUCAGCUCUGACCACGCUCACACGAUGACAGUUGCUGGGUACCCCUCAAGAGGCAAUGACAUUCUUGGAACUGUGGACACCGCUAAUGGAAUGGAUGGAAAACCCUAUACCACCAUUAGUUAUGCAAAUGGCAGAGCUAAGUCCAUUGGAGCGGACGGGAGGGUCGAUGUCACCCAGGAUAAACAGUUUACAUCACGUGACCCAGACUACGCCUACCCAAGCUUGGUGCCUUUGGAUUCGGAGACCCAUGGUGGGGAGGAUGUGGCAGUGUACGCAUCAGGACCUUGGCAGCAUCUCUUCACAGCCAGCUACGAGCAGAACCUAGUCCCACAUCUAAUGGCCUAUGCCAUGUGCAUCUCUGAAGAUCAGCAUGGAAACUGUGGGCCAGAAAUCCACAAGUACACCGCAAGUGGUAUCGCCACCAACCCUAGUACCAACUUACUAAUAACUUUGACUGUGAUAUUUAUUUUAAGGAUAUUUUAUUAAUUAUUAGGUAAAAAAUACUUAAUUUUUUAUUUUAAUUUAAUAGUGUAAUUUUUAAGUGUUUUUGUAUGGAAAGAUUGAAUGUAAUUUAAAAUACGGCUUGCUUGCGUACAUUAUUUGAGAAAAGCUCUACUAGUUUCAAGUUACACCGGGGUUCUAAUUCAUGAGCAGCGUUCACGGCGGCGACGUCACAGAACAUACUUGGAGAUUUUUUCUCAAAUAAUUCACACGAGAAAGCCGUAUUUUAUAUUCUUUCAAUGUCUCGCGAUAGUUAUUUACACAAAGAUGAAAAUUGCAUUAUAGUUUUACUAGUCUGCGGUUCUGAAGCAUUCACUGACAGACUGACGGACAAUUCAAUUUGACGUUUCAAAAGUGCCAAAUUAAGGAUUAAUUGAAAUAAAUACUUUGACUUUCCCAAAUCGCCUUGAACUUUUCUAUAUCGGAUGAUCCCCGCAUUAACUGAGUUCAGGUAUUACAAACUAACAAACACGGAAAAAAAAUUGUAAUAUAAUAUUUUUGCAUAAUACAAGUAUAAAUAAUGCAGUUUUCAUGUUUGCCUCAGGAAUUUCAACCAAUAAGCAUUUUUUAUGAGCUGUGAGUUUAACUUAACAAGUUUUACCAAUAGAUAGAUCAGAUAGACUAUUUAUAAAAGGUUAUUCUAUGAUUCGGAAUCUAGAAUUGUACCCUGAGCCCUUAGUAUGAGUUUGCUUUACGUUUAACGAAACGAGAGCGUGUUCGGCGCUGUGAUUGGCCGGCGUGGAUGAACCAACCAAUCAGAGCGCCGAACGCGCUCUCGAUUCGAUCUCGUUAAACGUGAAGCAAAGUCGUACUAAAGGCUCUGUUAAGCUAUUAUAUUCUGUAGCUUUCCAUUCGAAAGAUCAAAUUGAACAUUAUCAUCGUUCCGCCAUUUUGUGAGGAUAAUAUAUCGACCAAUGACGGGCGAGAAUGGAAUAGAGCUCACUUCAAAAGUUCAAAGUGACAGUUGCAGAAUAGUCUGGCAGUAUAGUGCCCUUUAUUGCCAUAUUACAAAAUAUAUUAAUUGAUACCCUUGCCCCCCUUACCCCUUAAUGAACAUUGAGAUGUUUUAAUAAAACAUAUUGAAGUAAAAUAAAUUAAAUCUCUACAAACAUCAUCAGCCUAUAAGUGUCCACUGCUGACCAAAGGCCUCUUCUUACACGAAGAAAGUUUGAGCAUUAAUCACCACGCUUGUUCAAUGUGGGUUGGCGAUUUCAAACUUAUAAUUAAUUAGAAAUUAUAAGCUCAGGUUUCCUCUCAAUGUUUUUCUUCACUGUUUGUCAGUGGUGUUUAAAUAAUCUUAGAAAAAGUCACAUUGGUACUUGACGUUGGUAGGUUUCGGGCCCGCACUCUCAUGUAUGAGAAGCGGGCAUCUUAAACCUCCGGGCCACUACGUCAUUACAAAAUAAAUAUUUUUGCAUAAUAUAAUUUACAGAAACAUAUCAAAAUACAUACUUCUGUUCUGUAUAAUCGUUGGACGAGACAGUUAAAUGCCAGUUAAUCAAACAAUUGCCGUUUUGAAAAUUGAAACUCAAUAAGAAAUAAGAUUGGCCCAUGGACCACUGAUCACUCCACCUACGAGGCAGCCAAUUCCAUUGUCAAACGGUUCCCUUCAAAGGUGAUAAUGUUAAAAACUUAUCAAAAGAAGUUACAAAUGAUCUACUGUGUAGUAGUUGUACAUAAUAAUGAAUUAGAAAAUAUUGUUUAAGACCUAGACUAAGAGAGAUGUUUCAGUAUUUUUAUUAAUAAAUAUUGUAAAGUACAAUUUAA